UCUGUGGUUACCCUGCCAUUCAGGGAAGCCAAUUCAUGUUUUGAUUGUGUAUGUACUUCGUAGUUUUAUUUAUUUCAUUUACUGAAAUUAUAAAAAUAAAUAAAUAUACAUAAAUUGUUUAAUAUAUAUACUAGUGAAAAUUUAUCUACAAAAAUGACCUGGGGUUUUGUUACUUGUGGUCCAAACGAAGCUUUAGUGGUAUCUGGAUGUUGCUACUCAAAGCCUCUUUUGGUACCGGGCGGUCGAGCAUUUGUGUGGCCCGCCCUACAGCGUGUCCAGCGGAUAUCACUGAACACUAUGACACUCCAGGUUGAGUCACCCACUGUGUACACAAGCCAGGGUGUACCAAUAUCUGUCACAGGAAUAGCACAGGUUAAGAUUCAAGGUCAAAAUGCUGAAAUGUUACUCUCAGCCUGUGAACAAUUUCUUGGGAAAUCAGAACAAGAAAUUCAACAUAUAGCUCUUGUUACUCUUGAAGGCCAUCAGAGGGCUAUUAUGGGGUCUAUGACUGUUGAAGAAAUAUACAAGGACAGGAAAGUGUUUUCAAAAAAGGUCUUUGAAGUGGCCUCUAGUGAUCUAAUAAAUAUGGGAAUUACGGUUGUUUCAUACACACUGAAAGACAUCAGAGAUGAGGAGGGCUACCUAAAAGCGUUGGGUAUGGCCCGUACAGCAGAAGUAAAGCGAGAUGCACGUAUAGGAGAGGCAGAGGCUCAGGCGGAGGCGAAAAUCAAAGAAGCUAUGGCAGAAGAACAAAGAAUGGCGGCGAGAUUUCUCAACGAUACCGAAAUAGCAAAGGCGCAGAGAGAUUUUGAACUAAAGAAAGCGGCUUAUGACGUUGAAGUACAAACUAAAAAGGCUGAAGCCGAAAUGGCCUACGAGUUGCAAGCCGCUAAGACGAAGCAGCGCAUAAAAGAAGAACAAAUGCAGAUAGCUGUAGUGGAACGUACACAAGAGAUCAGUGUUCAGAAGUGGGAGGUCCAGCGACGUGAAAGAGAAUUGGAGGCAACCAUACGCAGACCAGCAGAAGCCGAGAAAUUUAGAUUGGAAAAACUGGCAGAAGCUCAUCGGUUGAAGACGGUUUUGGAAGCUGAAGCCGAAGCUGAAGCUGUCAAAGUUCGUGGGGAGGCUGAAGCGUACGCUAUUAAGGCAAAGGCUGCAGCUGAUGCUGAGCAAAUGGCGAAAAAAGCGGAAGCCUGGAAGGAGUACGGCUCGGCUGCUAUGAUUGAUAUGAUGCUGGAGACAUUACCCAAGGUGGCAGCGGAGGUUGCGGCGCCGUUGUCUCAGGCUCGCAAGGUGACUAUGGUGUCGUGCGGCGGCGGUGAGGUCGGAGCGGCCAAACUGACCGGGGAGGUGCUCAGCAUCGUACAGUGUAUACCGGACCUUGUGAAGGGAGUCACCGGCGUCGACAUCGCUAAGAUCAAGACGGUGGCGGAAGUCUCGACGAUCCCAACGCCCACAGCACGAGGUGAUUCGGCGAGGAAAUUACGAUAGAUCAACAGAGGGUCUUCGCGCCGUGUAAAGCCGCAAUUUACCUGGUGGUAGUCUCCAGCAGUGUUUUAAGAUCUUUGCCAAAAUUAUUUACAGUAAUAAAAACAUAUAUAUAUUGAUGUUUAUUUAGUUUCUGUAUUAAUACUGUUCACAUAUCUUGCAUACAAGACAGUGUUACAGUUAUUGUUUGUUUAAACUGCGUGCCAUCCCUUAUUUAUAGUAUUUUAUAUAGCUUUGCGACAAAUCGGAGCGUUGAUCUAAUGUAUGAAAUUCGACCAAUCGCUUAAAUAUUCUCGAAGUAGUUUACAAACGACUGUUAUACUAAUAAAAUAAUACCUAUAUUUUUUUAUUUAGCUACUGUCUUAGGGUAUAUGAAAAAUAUUUGGUGUUCAUGAGUACAGUUAAAAUUAUAAUUGUAAUUUAGAUAUUAUAGCUGUGGGUCAUAAGUAAAUUGUGUCGAAUUCGCAUCGUUAUCUGCCAGACUAAAACGGACAUAUGAUAUGUAUUUAAAAUAACAUUUUAAGACGCGAGGAUGGAUCAUAGAGCUAUAAUAUAAUAUAAUCAAGGCCACAUGCGUCGUUUAGUACCGCGCCGUUAAAGUCAAUGACGUUUUACAAAUGACCCAUUGAAGACACCAAACAGCUGUAACGGAGAUAUAGAUCUGUAGUCCACUCCGCAGUGUCAUAGAUCCAACAAAAUUAUAUUUUGUCGUUAAAAUAUAUUUAUUGAAGUAAAUAAAAACCAACUUAAGACUUAAGGGAUAGCGUAACUUCGUCGUCCGAUGAAGUUCAUGUCGUCUUAUCCUUAUAGCGUUUUUCUUUGAUUAGUUUUUUCGUAUUACACAACAAUUGUAAGUAAAUAUGUUAUAUUAAAGUCGGUUAAGCCGAUAUUGAUGUCUAUUUUUAUAUCGAUGUCUGUCUGUUCAUGCCCUCACUAUACAUAUUUCUAGUAAAUAAUUAUUUUGACGGUACAUUAAAACGUGUUAAUAGGCUUUCUUGUGAUCUGUUGAUGUGAAGUGAAAUUAUCUUUAAUAUAACAUGUGCGUUCCUGCUGUCAGUUCUAUAAGGUUGGCGAAAUCCCCUGAUAGAUUGUGUUAUCAACGCCGCUGACAUGUUAUCACCGUUCAACGCACAAGUCAUAAAGUUGAUAUAACUUGUAAUCAACAGAAUAGCAUUAUUUGUUUCAGCGUCUCGCUGGCUCUGUGCUAUAUUUAUAACAAGCAAUAUUUAAUACCUUCUAUUAUUAUUUGGUAAGGAUUAGGUUUUUUCCAUUUUACCCGUAUUUAUAAGAGAUAUAUAAAUGUAUUAGUAUUAAGAUAGUUCCAGUUUUUCUUUAGUAAUUGUUUAUUGAAAUUUUGCGGGUGCUGUGUAUUAAACGAUAAGUUUAGUUUGUCUAGCACAAUUAUAUUAGUUGCUUUUUUGUAUAAUUUUGCUAAAUAUGUAUAUUAUUUAGUUAAUAAUUCUAUUAAAAUAGGACAUACAUAUGUAAAUUCUUUUUAGAUCUUUCACUGUCCUCAAUGCGUGUACGGUUCGUGACCUGUGAUGUUUGAAUUUACUCUGCAGUCAGUAUUACCAAUGUGUUUUAGAACACGAUUCCAAUGCGAAUGAAGCCUUAACAUAAAAAAAUGUGUUUUAGAAACCAAUUUUUUUGACAAAAUUAAAUUUUAAUAAUGCAAAUUACCUUUAUAUUAAUUUAGAUGACAUUUAUUAAAAAAUGUAUCACUUGAAAUUAAUUAUAUAUUUGUAGCGUAUAUCGUUUUUACAAUUUCUAAUUCUGGCUCCUUAUCUGGUUUAGGACAGUGACUGAUAGAAAAAAUACCAAUUUCUUAGGUUUGAAUUUACUUGUGGUUUUGCCAAAGUAUAGUAAAAAUAUAACUUUAAGUACGAGCACUCAGAGUGUUAUUGAAUCUUUCGUGUGGAUCACAUUUUUUUGGUAUCUGUGUAUUUGACGUGGUUUUUAUUAAUAUAUAUUCAUUAAAAUUUCAAAUUAUA